CACAUUUACAAUAUUGUGAAGCGGUUAUAGCUGAGUGUAAUUUUAUUCGAAAUUUAAUCGCAGCUAAGAUAAUGCUGCGCUUCUAUUUCUUUGUAUUGGUUGUUUGUAAGUUCAUCCUAGCGUCAAAAUUAACUAGUAUGGAAAAAAGUGUUAAUACAAAUCUCGAAGAUCUCUCGCCAGCUUCCAUUCUUGGGAUAGCGAGUUUGAACCAAGCCGACAUUUAUGGAGGAAAAGAACUCAACUACUCGCGACCAGACGGGGAGCAAGCAGCAAAGAACUUCACAAGCGUCGUUCCUGGUCUAAUUCCGACAAAUAAAUAUUGGGAAGUCGUUGUCGAAUCUGGAGAAGUAGCAUUCAAAUAUUUUGUUAGCAAUAUUGCUCUAUUAAUUGCUGGAGCUUUCAUCAUCGUCAUACUUAUUGGAUCUCUUGUUGUGUUUCUCAUGAUCAAAACAUGCUCUUGUGGUAGGCACAAAACAACCGCUUUCGUCUUGCAUCCGAAAGGACCUUAUUUCUGUGAAUAUGAUAGAGUUAAACGGAAUGUUGAAAAUUUGGACGAUAUUGAAUUAUAAGCCCUGUUAAUUGAAUAUACUUAUAUUAUGUGCAGACAUUAAAAAUAUUUUUUAUGUAAUGUACAAAGCCCGUAAAUUUUUAAAUAAAGUGUACAUAAAUAAA